AUGACUAUCACUCAAGAUCAUGUCAAAGGCACACUGAAUGAAUCGAUUUCGGAAGAGCUAUCCGGCUGGGCAGAGGAGCAAGAAAGAAGUGGAGAAGUUGUUGUUGCCGAACGCCCUGCCACCGAAAACGAUUUCUUGAGAGCGCAACGAAAUAACUUGUUGGGUCGCAAGAAGAAAACUAGGGUUUCUUUUGCCGGCCCUGAGGGUGGCACAGGGAAUACAGACGUUGAAGACCCUCUGCCACCUCCUCCGGAGACGAAGCCAAAUGACACUGAUAAGGAUAUCAAGAGCACCGCACGGCUUUUGCGAACGAUGAGUGCAACGGGCCCAAGAAUGAGUGCUAAAAUUGAAGAUACAGCUGCUUGGGAAUCCAUGGUUCACGAGCUUGAUGUUAAGAUGAAAAAGCUCGAUGCGGAUGGUCAUUUCGCAGACACUGGAAGCUUGAAGGUACCUUGGUACGCACCGCCUAUCCAACGCCAACGAUGGGGUGACGAGCAUACUCUGCCCAUCGUAAACUAUGGGACGCUAUUUUUCGAUCUAUUUUUUGUCGCGGCCGUUUACAAUCUUGGCGGGAUGCUGACCUCUGCCGUGGCUGUCAACGAUGACAACGAUACAGCAGCUGACUCUUUGCGAGCAGCGAUUUACUUUCUUGGCAUUUUUGGACCAGUUUUUUCAACCUGGGAGUCGGAUGUAUACUAUCAGUCAAGGUACCUUGUUGCCGAUUAUGCACAUCAAUUUUCUGAGGUUGUCCGCUUCCUUUGUAUCGCAGCAGUCGUUUUGUUUAUUCGGCCAAUCCGAGAGUUGGCUGAUCCUCAAGCAAACAAAGCUAUGUUUCUGCUGAUGCUUGCCAUGUCUUGCGAGUCCCUGAUGCGUCUGAUCUUUCAUACGGAGCUCUACUUUCGAGGCCAUGGAGAUCUCGAGACAAUAAAGAAUCACACAUUGCACGACAUGAAAAUCAAUAUCAUCCCAUCGACGUUGAUAUAUUUCGCUAGCACCAUCAUUGCAGCUGUCUUCUUUUAUGGUCCAUUUGACGAGCCGUUGAACACUGGAAGCAUUUGGAAUGUAACAGAUCUUCCAUUGACUCUCACUGCUGUUGGAUAUCUGAUCAGUGUCUUUAUGAAAAUCAGAGGAACAUUCAGAAAGUCACACCAUGGUUCUGAUAUUCGCAAGACCCUUGUUCCUUACAACAUUGAUUUUGUGAUUCAGAGGUAUUCGGAUUGGUUCUUAAUGCUUCUUGGAGAGGUGGUUAUGGGCAUGGUGGAGAUGAAAGACUCCGAAUCUAACUAUUUGGUAGCGCUCAUGGGAUCUCUCACGUUGAUUGUGCUCCACACUCUGAAAUUUGAAUCAGAGCCUGACAAUCCACACGGCCAUGCUCUUUGGCGCAAUACCAGAAAUGCAUAUGCUUUUCGUGUUCUCAUGGAACUGAUGUCAAUUGCAAUGAUCCUGCUUGGUGUUGCUUUCAAAAUAUUGCUGGCUGAUGGUCGUUUUGGCAUAUCAGAGCGUCUAUGCGCAUACGGUGUCUCUGGAUCGCUCGGUUGGGUCCUAUUUACGUUGGAACUUAUGUUGAUGACUCACAAAGGUUUCUGGCGAAGUUGGAGACGAUUGUUUCGGCGUAAUGAAAACAAUCCAAAUGUCGUCAUUUAUUGGCCUUUAGCAUGGAUCACCUUGUUCAAGGUCGCAUUGCUAUUUUUUCUAAUCACCGUUCCCACGUGGCAUGGUCGUGCCGAAACCACAAUCGUCUUUGGUUUCUUCGUUGUUGUAGCCGUGGCAGCAACAAGAAUUAUCGGUUGGGCCUUUGUCUUCAAAGAGGAUGAAAUCAAGGUCAUGAUGAGCAGUGCAAAAGAAAGGCUAAAGUCCGUUGGUGGGCCUGUGUCCUCAGAACGGUGGUCUAAUACCAACCGAAACAACCCUGUCCAAAGUAGGUUGUCAGGAGUCGAUGAAGAAACAGAGUCCAACGUAUCUGGUGACAGUUUCAUCAGGAGGAACAAAGACGCAUACCACGGUAUGUUCGAUGCUGUAAUAUUUUCAGAUUUUGAAGGCGUCAUUAUCUCUGUCAACAAUGUCGCUGUUGAGAUGUUUCGCUAUGAAGCAAAAAGUGAUUUGGUCGGACAAAAUCUAUCCGUUUUAGUGGGUGGUGGAGGUGCCCAUCAUCAUGAUCGAUACAUGCAAAAGUUUCGAGAAAGAGGUGGACUCUCAGAGGCCUUUGGCAAGCAGCGUAAGGUGAAAGCACGCCGAAGCGACGGAACUGAAUUUCAAUGCAUAUUAGGAAUCAAAAUGGCUGGCAACGGGAAGCACAUUAUUGGUUACAUACGUGACAUGGAAGAUUUUCCAGACGAUAUUUCCAUAAGUGAACGUUCAUUAAUUGAGAAUGUUGACACCGAAGCGAAGACCGAAAAACAGUUGAAGCGUGUUUUGGACGACCAAUCAUUCGAUUGCAUUGCAGUUAUUGACCUAGAAGGCAACAUCGUGGGCGUAAAUCGUACUUUUGUCAAGGAAUUUCGAUACGACAGUAAGGACGAAGUGCUUGGCUUGGAUAUUGCAAUAAUAAUGGACAGCACGUACCAAGCAAUGCACACAAAAAUGUUGGCAAGAUACCGCGAAAUGAGUGAAAAGGGCGAAACCAUAUCCAACUGCAAAGUUGUCGGGAAGCAGAAUCUAUUACCCGUUCUGCGAAAGGACGGAAGUGAAUUCAAAUGCAUUAUUGGUGUCCAUCCAAUCGAUGAUUCUGAUUUGCUGGUGGGCUUCAUUCGCAAUGUCGAGACCAUGCUGCCAUAA